AUGAGAGCAACAGCCUUUGUCCUGUUCUCAGCUCUGGCACUUACAACCAUCUUCAAUGUAGAAUGUGUCAAACAUCAUCAACAGAUCGACUGUAGUAAAUAUAAAAAGUUACCACCAGAAUAGACAUAUUGUUAUAGCAUAUAUGCACCAGUUUGUGGAUCUGAUGGCAAAAGUUACAGCAAUGAUGGCUACUUCUGUCAUGAAGUUGUGAAAACUAACAACAAACUUAAAUUUGUACAUUUUGGAGAAUGUUGA